AUGGAUCAGAAAUCAUUAGAAGAUAUAAUUUCAACUGCACUUGGAUCAGAUAAUGAUGCAAGGCAAGGUUCUACACAAGAAUUUGAAGUCUUCUUUCAAGAUCCCAAUAAUUUAGAUUUAAUAAUCCAGGAAAUUCAAUCACCAUCGCAAGAAAUCUUUCGUCAACUCAUACUUAUCAAAUUGCGCCCAUAUUUGUCUCAAAAAUUUGAUUCAUUUAGCUCGAAUAUUGAUGGCCUCCAAAAUUUAUUCGAAGCACUCAUUAAAUAUUUAAGUGAAAUACUAGAAGCAGACUUUUUAAACGAAGAUAACAUCGUUCAUGCAUUACCAUCCAUUAUAUUUCUAAUUAAUAAUUUAUCAAUCGAUAUUUUUACAUUUCCACCAUUUAUUCAGCUUGUGAUAUUACCAGAAUACUUAUCAUCAACAUCAUAUGAUAACUUACUUUCAAUUUACUCAAAUUGUAUCGAAACAAUUUUAGUUUUCAUGGGUAAUUUCGCAAUCAAUCGUUCUUUUCGUCGUUCAUACUACGUAUAUUGCAUAUUCUCAAUUCUGAACGCUUAUGACCUUGAAACUGCAGAUUCUGCAUUACAAAACAAAAUUGUUUUAAAAUUGAGAGAAGAAAUAUACAACCCAAGUCUGAAACUAUGGAACAUAUAUCUAAAAAUAUGGUCAAGCUUGAGUUUUGCAAUCAACAAUGGUUUUACUCCUCUUGUUAACAUGAAUUUAACUUUCUUUUUGAAAGUUAAUUGUGAUACAGCUUCUCUACCAUAUUUUCUCAUUCCAUAUGAGUAUGCAAUUGUUAACGGACAACUAAGUAUUGAUCAAAUCAAAGAUAAAAUAAUUUAUGCACUGAAAUCAUCAGAAUUAAUUAUGAAUGAUAAUUUAUACCUAUCAAUUGAUAUAUUUCAUACUAUUGAUUGCAUAUUAGCAUGGAUUUAUCCAAAAUAUGAACAAUCUUUAUUUUUAGAAUUAUUUGUCAAUUAUAUCGAAGAAGCUAUUGAACUAGAAAACGAAAUGAAGCUUUCUACAGGAAUAUACGCUCUUUCUUUGCUAAUUAGUCAUUCUCCUGGUUUAAUUAACGCUUGUUCAGAUUUUUUCAUGGAAACAUUAACGAAUAUCAUGAAUUCUGAAUCUCCACUUCAAGUAUUUACAGGAAUUAACUGUAUUGAUAUGAUUAUUAACUCAUCUCCGCAAACGAUUGUAAUGAUGAGUAAUUUAAUUUCACAAAUCUUCUCAUUAUUCAGUUUAAAUGUUGAUGAAGAGAUUCUUACAUCAGCAUGUGAACUUAUUUCUAAUGUUUCAACACAUAUUCAAUAUUUCAUUGGAGAUGUUACAGAAACAUAUCCAAAAUUAGAUGUUUUAUUAUCUCCUGACGUUUCUACAAUGCUGUUUAAUGUAAUGUCGCACGUUAUUCAAAGCGGAUUUUAUUUCAUGAAGUCAUUUUCCAAUGAAAUGCUUCAAUUUCAACACGAAUACGUUCAACAAUUGAUUAAUUCAGCUGAUAUUGAACUGCAAUCACAUGGGGCUUACCUUGCAUCUACAAUAUGUGAAGCUGUUCCACAAGAUACUUUAGAAUAUAUUUUAGAAAUUAAUAAUAAAGUAAAUGAAAUGCUCCAAUCAUUUACACAAUUCGACCAAAGCUGGUCUAUAUCGAUUAAUUAUAUCAUAUCAAUGCUUACUACAACGUUAGAAAUACACAGAGAAAAAGUUCAAAAUGAAUUAGUUCCAAAUAUUUAUCUUUCCAUGGAUAUAUGCUCAUUAGAAGAUUGUCCAUCAUACGUCUUAGAAUAUGCUGCAGAAGAUUUUAUCCAGAUAAGAAAAAUUAUUUCAAUUGAAUUGACUGAAAGGUUACAACAGAGAAUCAUUUCAUUAAUAUCAUCUGACCAGGUAAACAAUGCCAUAGUUUCCCUUGUAUCAACCUAUUAUGAUCAAUUUGACCAAAGUUUUGUUGAAAAUUACAUUUUCAACUUAAUAUCAACAUAUUCACUUGAAGAACUAUCACAGUUUAUAACAAAUCAAAACGUUGACCAAGUUUUAGAUAUGAUUAUCAAUAUUUUACCAAAUAUUCAACCAGAAUAUUUUGAUGGAAUCAUAAAGUGCUUGACAUCCAUAUGCGAAAGAACAAAUGCAAACAUAGAUCGUGCUCUUUCAUUAUUAAUAGAAGUAUCUCAAGACCUUCAUUCAGGAUUUUUGAGUAAAAUUGUUCAAACAGUAGAAAAAGCAAUAGCAUAUAAUUCAUGCUCGAAAGAGUUUGUUUCACAGCUUGCGCCAAGCAUUCUAGAAUCAGACUCCCCAAUUUUUACUGAAGAUCAGAUUAGAUUUUUCGCUUUUGUCGGUAUUUUCUACGAUCAAGAAUUAAUGUCAAUCAGUUUCGAGAAAUUGAAUCCAAUAGUAUCAAGUAUUACUGAAGAAAACAUUUCAAAAAUAAAUUAUUUCGAAGCUUCAGCAGAAUAUCAAUUAGCAUUGCUUAGAUACGGUAUAAUCCUUGAUAAUGCAUCAAUAUUACUUCAGCAAAUCAGAUUUCCGCAUUACUAUCAAAACGCAACACUGAAUCUGAUACUUUCUGCAACUAAUACAGAUAACAAUGAUCUUACUUUAAUUGCAGCAUGCUUGCUCACCAAAUACAUUUGUCAUUCGCAAAGAAAUGAAGUUUCAAAACCGAUAACACAAGAAUUGAAUAAUCAAAUUAUUGAGAAACUAAAAAUCCUUUCCCAAAACGAAACAUACUCAAAUGCUAUGGCAGUUGAAGCGGGACAAUAUCUUCAACAGCUUAAAAGCCACUUAGGAAUAUAA